UGUGAUAACCUGGUGGCCCGGGGGCAUUGGUUGCAGAAAGGCGACGAAUUGGGCAGAAACAGAGACCAUGGACGUGGAUUCUGUGAAGAGGUACUUCAAAUUAGAUGAAAGAAACGAAAUUGAAUCAGUGGUUAAUGAGCUGCCUCCCAGAUUCUUGGAACCCCUUGUCUUGAGUGGCCUUCGCGUCGAUCUAAUCGAGCCAGGCCGUGUCGUAUGCUCCAUGAAGAUACCCCCUCGUUUACUGAAUUCUCACAAAUCAUUGCACGGAGGGGCAACGGCGACGAUGGUGGAUUUGUUGGGUUCAGCUGCUAUUUACUCCGCGGGAGCUCCGGAGGUGGGAGUUUCUGUGGAGAUCAACGUGACAUAUUUAGAUGCUGCGUAUGCCGAUGAGGAUAUUGAGAUCGAGGCCAGGGCUUUACGUGUUGGCAAGGCUGUUGCUGUAGUCACCGUAGAGUUCAGGAGGAAGAAGACGGGCAAAGUUUUUGCAAUCGGUCGUCAUACCAAGUAUCUUGCAAUCACUAGUAAACUUUGAGAGGGAGCAAAUAAACCUCUCUGAAGUCACUUUGGGCAAUGAUGCCUCCCUAAACUUUGAAUCUUCCCACGCCUCUAGGUGUUGGCUCUCUUGUAAAAGAUUAUUGUAAUAUUCUUCUGUUUUAGAUUUUAUCGUGAUCAUUAACAACAGCUGUUUGCAACGUAGACGCAUCUCUUGCUUCAUUUGCUUCUACAGAGAUGCAAGGCAUUAUUUUACUCGUAAAAUAUUUGAGCAGUAAAUGUGACAAGUUUUAAUAUUCGUUUAGAAUGGCA